GGGGCCGCCUCCGGCUCCUCCCCUCGGUGGCCGCGCUUGUGCCGGGCCAUGGCGGGGCGAGUGCUGUGGUGCUGCGGUCGAAGGAGAUGGGGCCCACGCCCCCGCUGCCUUCCCGCCGCUCCCAGGCUGUGCCCCCGCCGCGGCUGCGGGGAGGCGGCGGGGCUACGGGCCAUGGGCUUCAGCGAGGAGCAGGCUCGGCGACUCCUGGGGCUGCAGCCCCAGCUCUGCCCGCAGCGCCGGGAGGCAGCGGCGGCGCAGCUUCUGCUGCUAGGGCUCAGUACCGCGGCCGCCCUCGACCUGCUGGAGCGGAGCCCAGCGCUGCUGCGGUUCCCGACGGAGCGGCUGCGUGAGCGGGCUGAAUUGCUGCGGCGCCUGGGGCUCGCCGGAGGUCAGCUGCAGCGGGCCGUGAGCCGUUGCCCCCAGCUCUUCACCGUGCCGCGCCGGCGGAUGACGGCUGCAGUGCGGCUGCUGCGGGAGCAGUGCCUCUUCACGGCGGAGCAGCUGAGGGAGGUGCUGGGGAGCAGCCCCGCAGUGGUGCUGGAAGAAACGCACCUUCUCCACCACCACUUCCAGUAUGCCUACUUCAGGAUGGGCGUUCGGCAGAAGGAGAUGGUGAAGGCCCGGCUUUUCCAGAUGCCCUUCUCCGAGCUCAGGAACCGGCACAGCUUCCUGGAGCGGAGGGGGCUCUACCAGACCCCGUUCAAAGGGCAGAUGCAAACCAGUAACCCGAAACUGAAGAGCAUCCUUCAGCUACCAGAGAAAGAAUUCUUGGAGAGCUUGGCUUGUUCCACACCAGAGGAGUACGAGGUCUUCAAGCAGCUGCUGGCUCGGGAGGAGGAAGAAAAGGAGGAGGAGGAGGAGGAGGAAGAAGAGGAUAGCGAUGCGCUAUACCCACAGGAAACUGAUGUCUUCGACAGCGAAGGAAGUGAAACAGAGUGUGAGUGAGAGAGCAAGGUGCCUGAGCUCUUCUAUGCUCGAGCAGUCCCUUGCCCCACUGCACUCUGAGAAGCAGCAGCAGUUCUCAUUUCUGAAUAUAACAUCCUUCCCUCCUCCUCAAUCAAUUACUUGAACAAUUA